GGGUUUCCCCGCAAAGCCCGCAGAUUCUUUUCCGCUUCCUCCGCUUUUUUCAGAGCACUCUACCCGUAAUAAUACUUUCCACAGAAAAAGACAGACUUUACAGUAACAGACACGUUGAACACAGAGCAGCGGCAUACAUAAGCAAAAAACAACAACAACAAACGAGCCACCAAACACGUCAAACGAGAGGGAGAGGAGGUAAGAGAAGAGAACAGCUCAUCCUAUUAGAAGAGCGACCUAGAAGUUGUGUCGUCGCUAACGUCCUCUUUUUUUUCUCUUCUGCCGACUGGCGGUAUCCCUCCUUGUUUCUCUUUCUUCUCUUCACACAGAUAUAUAUAUAUAUAUAUUCACACACACACGCGCAGACCCACUUCAGCGUCCCUUUCUUCUCCACUUUAAAGACUUCUCCGAGGGCGAGAGGAGAAAGAGAGAAAGAGAAAAAAGAUAAAAUAAAAUAAUCGGACGCGGGGCACCUCAUAUCGCCUGGGAACGUCGAGUUUGCACGUCCGCCGUUGAUUUGCUACAUAGCUUCUUCUUUUUUUUUUUUUGAAGUUUUAAAGGUUUCGUCUUUCCCGUCCCUCUUCUUCCCUUUUUUUUUUUACCUGUCUUGUGGUGCUGUCGUCUCUGCCGUGCUCUACUGCACUCGGGAGAGAAGCUGGAGACCGGAGAGAGAGAGAAAGGGUAAGAGAAAGGGAGAAGAGGAGGAGGCGCUUCCGUCGUCUUAGAGUACCUUUCAUUGCUGCGUUUCACCACCGGUUUUUUGUACCGCGUACGUGUAUUUCUCUUUGCGUUGCUCUCUUCCGUAUCUUCUGCGCUGCGCUUUUCAUCCUUGUACUGCGACUUCCUAGACCUUAUACGCGAACUUUUUUUUGGUCGUUUCUCUUGCGUUUUCUUCGCUGAGUCUCCUCUCUCUCUCGCUCUCUCCAACUAGAUACAUUUCGGCUGCCUUCAGCGGAUCGUUUCACAAGCCUUCUGUGCCGCAUCAUUGCAUCGGACCGGGAGAUCAACGAAGAGGAGAAAGAAGCGGGAGACGAGGGGUGGGGCGCUUGCCCACACACACACGAUACGCGUUAAGCGUUACGCGUUUUCUUUCGUGGAUUCACUUUAAAGCAUAUUCUCAACUCCCCCUCUCCCUCCCCCAAAAGGAAAGGAAGAGAGGUUCCAUGCACAAGAAGGAAACACACACAGCUUUAAUCGACCACAAUUGCUUGUAACGACUAUUAAUAAUAUUUUUUUGUCGAAACAUCGGCAGAGGACGAUCGUGAACGAGUGAAAGAGAAACAGAGAACGCAAGAGGGGAGAGUCCGCGAUGGCACCAAAGCGGGCGGCCAACCGGCUGCUGGUGCUCUGCGCCUCCAUCAACGAUGUCACCGCGUGGCCGUUUUGGAAGUUCCUGCAAAUGAAGAAAAUUAAAGGAGUGACGGACAUGGCGCUUCUCGCCUUUAACAGCGACGGUGGCAGCUUUGAGGCCCGCAUUGACGGUGAGAGGUAUCACCUGAAGAACUACGCGAAGGUGCGGGGAUAUCAGCAGGACAUGUUCGAAAACUUCGUGCAGCGCUGGCACGACCCGGGGCGGAGCUAUUUUGUGUACGGCGGGCACGGCAUGGGCGACUACGUGGAGCUGGAACAGAACCGUGUGUCGCUGCAAGUGCACGAGCUGGCCUCUAUCUUCGGCAAGCGCACCUUCGAGGCUAUCCUUUUCGAUGCGUGCUUCAUGUCGAACCUAGACUGCGCCUACCACCUGCGCCACAACACGCGGUACAUCGGUGCCAGUGAGGGGUACAUGUGGGAGCCGGACACCGCGCUGGACUACCACAUCUUCAACACCCACAACGCGAGCGCAAUGAGCCGUUUUAAGGAUCCCCUUCACAUACUCCGGACGGUGCAGGCGGACUAUUGCGGUAAGGCCCUGCGUGGCGACUUCAGCGUGCUGGACACCACCCACGUCGCGGAGCUGCGCCGCUACGUGCAGGAGCACGUGAUCCAGCGCGUGUACGACCGGGCAACGUUCUACAGCCUGCCGCAGCAGGAGCGGCUGAAGCAGCAGGCGGAGGCGGCGGCACAGGCCGCCAUCGCCGAGUUCGGGCACCCCGGCGGGGAUGCGAACAUGAUGCCGGGCCUGGCAAACGGUAUAGGUCAGCCGCACAUCAUCACCACACCGGGCUCCCUUGCUCUCCCCGAUAGUGGCCGACCGAGCCGCAAGCUGCGACUCCUGCGCGCUAUCCAGUUUGAGCACGCCCUCUACCCGUCCGAGGCGGAGGACAAACAGCUGCUGGACCUCAAGUCGUACUUGACCGACAUGGAACAGGAGGCACAGCAGCGGCAGGCGUGGGAGGCGGCCGCAUCUGGGCCACAACGCCGCAUCGCCGCUGGCCGCCGCCGUGUGCGGAGUGACGCCGUGCUCAACGGAGGGAGCGGCGGCGGCGGUGGCGUGGGGUCGUCGCUGUCGACGCCGUCCUCGACCUUCGCCGUCUUUCAUCCGGCGCCGUCGCGUGCGUUGUUCGUGGAUCGGCAGGGGCGGCUGCCUGCUGCGGCGCCGACGCGGACCGCGGCGACGGACGUGGCAGCAGUAGGGGCGUUGGCCAAUGCGGUGCCUACUACGGCGCCCAAGCUAACCGCCCUCUCGCCGGGGUAUAAGGGCAGCGCGCAGGAAGGGCUCGAUCUCUUUCACAAGGUGGUGGUGAGCCACACGCAGCCGAAGGCAGCCGCCAUCUAUGCUGCCCAUCUCGGCGGGCUGUCCUUCACGGUGCACGAGUUCAGCGGGAUGUCGCGACCGGUGGAGCCGUGGGUGGUGGAGUCGCGGCGGCUGCUGAAGCGGCGUGCGAAGUUGUUCGUGAAGAACGGCGAGCUGGCGGAGGUGGAGACCGAGACCCCGAAGCCGCACGCCGCCGCUGCCGUGAUGAGCAGAAAUGUGCUGACCGCCGUCGAUUCCGCGAAAGCCGCCUGCGUUGCCGCAGCAGCCGGGAGAGGAGCGUCCGGUGCUCCCUCUCCACCGAUGCAGUCACCGUGCACCGCGAUGAAGGCGUUGUCUGCUUCCUCGACUAAACCGUCUGCGUCAGGAUCUACCGCAGAGACAUCUCUCCCUCUGCCGUGCAGUCGUCGCCACCGCAGCAGCAGCGGCAGCAGUGCGGCUCCGUUGACGAUGCCGUCCCUGUCGGUGUACGCGUCGGCGUCGAUCGGGCCCACGGUGUCAUCGCAGGCGCAACGGCCAGCGUCUUACACACCGACGCCGAAGCCGAACUCUCAUCAGCAGACAGGCAACUGUUAA